ACGGGCGGAAGCGGGCUCGCCUGCUCUAACAUUGCAGUCACGUGAUCGUUGGAUCGCUGUCAGACUAGUCGAAUGACAGCGGAAACGUCAAAGCUCGCCAACGGAUUGUAAACAAACUGGAGCAGCGUGUACGGAACACCGUAAUCGCGCAUCUCGCCGUACGGAUCUCGUUUUCGCUUCUUUUAUGUACACGCAAGCAAUCAAAAUGCCGGUUCAAAAGGAUUCGAAUAUCGUGAAAAUCGCCGUUCAGAUGACGGAUCAGGUACCGCAGCUCAUCGAGUUCAAUCAAAAGCAACCUUUGGCUGGAAUUAUUCAGGAAUUGUGCAAUGGAUGGGGUUUAUCUGAUGCUGAAUCAUACUCUUUACAAUUUUCGGAAAGUAACAAUCAAAAUUACAUUACGGAGAAGAAUAGAAAUGAGGUAAAGAAUGGCAGUAUUCUUAGAUUGGAGUUUUCACCCUCGAAAACAGCGAGUGAUAUUUUGACCAAGCUUAAUAAUGGUACGGCAGAAGAGAAAGUGACAGCUUUGCAGAAACUGAGUACACUCAGUAUAGACAUGACCUUUGCGUUGGAAUUUAUAAACAAGAAAGGAUUAGCAUUAAUUAUUUCGCAGGUGGAAGGUGGAAAGUAUAAAGGAAACACCCUUGCAUAUUCCCUUCAAUCGUUUGUGGAAUUGAUGGAUCAUGGAAUUGUAUCAUGGGAUAUAUUGGAAACGCCCUUUAUCAAUAAAGUGGCUAGCUACGUGAAUAACCAAUCAGUAACACAGGACACUAGUAUAGUGGAAGCUUCUCUAAGUAUUUUAGAAAAUAUUGUUCUCAAUUCAACAGGCAAAUAUGGACAAGUGGAAAAAGAAGUUACUUUUCCCAAUCUUGUAAUGCAUUUGCAAUGCAUGAAUCCACAAAUUCAACAAAAUGCGAUAGCUUUAAUAAACGCGCUGUUUCUCAAGGCUGAUCUACACAAGAGGCGAGCAGUUUCUGCUACAUUACAAUCUAAACAAGUCAGGAAUGUGUUCUUGACAAAUGUCAUACAAUCCACUGGACAGGUCGGAGCGGAAAUGGCGCAUCAACUCUAUGUACUGCAGACGCUAAUGCUAAGUCUUUUGGAACAACGAAUGAUGGCCAAGAUGGAUCCACAGGAUCAAGACGCACAUGAUAAAAUUAAGGAACUUCGAAGGAUCGCUUUUGAUACAGAAGGUGCGAAUAGUGGAGAUGUAGCUGCUCGCAAACAGGGACUUUUCGCCAAAGAUUACAAGAAAUUAGGCUUCAAGUACGACAUCAAUCCUGCUCUUGAUUUUACCGAGACUCCACCGGGGAUGCUUGCGUUGGACUGUAUGGUGUACUUUGCGCGUAAUCAUACUGAAGCUUAUACCAAGGUUGUUCUCGAAAAUUCGUGCAGAGCGGACGAGCAUGAGUGUCCCUUUGGCAGAACAAGUGUAGAACUUGUUAAAUUGCUUUGCGAGAUAUUACGCAUUGGCGAAGCACCCAGCGAACAGGGUCAGUCUUAUCAUCCAAUGUUCUUUACACACGAUCAUCCAUUUGAAGAAUUUUACUGUGUCUGUAUUGUAUUGUUGAAUAAAACGUGGAAGGAAAUGAGAGCAACUACGGAAGAUUUUGUCAAAGUCUUCUCCGUUGUACGCGAGCAGAUUACUAGAGCGCUUCAAUACAAGCCUACAGGACUGGAUAAGUUUAAAAACAAGUUACAACAGUUGCCCUAUUCGACAAUCACUAACCUUUGGCAACAGGAAAGGACAAAUAGGGAGGAAUGGGAAAGUCACGCGAGGCCAAUUGUUGAACUUCGAGAACAGAUUACUCCUGAAAUCUUGGAGCUAAUUCAGCAGCAGCGAUUAGGAUUUUUGGUGCAGGGUACCAGAUUCAUGAAAUACAGUGCCAGAGGACAACGAAUUAAAGAUAAAUUUUGGUACGUCCGCUUAUCGCCAAAUCAUAAAGUUUUUCAUUAUGGAGAUUGCGACGAGAAAUCGGUGCCAACGAUCGACGAACUUCCUACGAAACUAGCAGUAGUCGAAAUUCGAGGAUUAUUAACCGGCAGGGAUUGUCCGCAUAUGAAAGACUUACAAAGGCGGAAAACUACUCAUCAGUUGGCGUUUUCCUUAGCCUUGGACUCUGUUGAAGUGUCUAGUCUCGAUUUCGUUGCUCCCGAUGAACAGGUUUUCGACUAUUGGACUGACGGCAUUAGUGCUUUACUCGGAAAUAGAAUGACUAGCAAAGAAGCUGAAAAUGAUUUGGAAACUUUAUUAUCCAUGGACAUCAAGUUAAGACUUUUAGAUGCCGAAGGGAUCGAUAUUCCGCAAGAUCCACCCGCGAUUCCCGAACCACCGCCAAAUUAUGAUUUUUGCUAUGAGUUGAAGUAAAAAUUGUGAGUGUCGUCCUUGUCUAUGACUAUAGAUAUAGUUUACAUUAAUUUUUUACAAGUCAUUGAUCUUUGUCCAUAAAUAUCGAUUUUUAUAUUUUUUCUCAUCUUUUGCAUAUAUUGUUACGAUAUAUUGA